AUGGCGUCCACUUCUCGCUCGCCCUCUCCCAUGGACGAGGAUCCGCAAUCACACAUUAACGGCAACGGCAACACCAACGGUGCAACUGCCUCCUCAUCGUCAGCAGGCAUGAACGGCGCAACUUCGUCUGCACCUGCAGAGCCGACACCGGAGGAGAAGCAGCAGGCGCAGCAGCUGAAAGCGCAGGGAAACUUGAGAUUCUCAUCCAAGGAGUACUCAAAGGCCAUCGAGGCCUUUACACGAGCUUACGAGCUCGAUCCUACCGACUCGACCUUCCUCACUAACCGUGCUGCUGCCAAGAUGAGCCUCAAAAUGUACAAGGCGGCGCUCUCGGAUUGUCAGCUCGCCAAGGAUGUUCAGGCAAAGCAGUCGACGGAUGGUAUCGCACAGCCCAAGACGCUCGUUCGACUGGCGAGGUGCCAUCUCUAUCUCGGCAACCCAUCUGGUGCGCUUUCCGUGCUCAAGCCCGUCGUCAGCAUGCGUGGGCUGGACGACGCAACGCUCAAGCAGGCCACUCAGCUUCAGAACCAGGCCAACAGUGUCGCAGACCACCUCGCAUCCUUCCAGAAUCUCUCAACACAAGGCGAUUGGUCUGUCGCAGGCUUUGCGCUCGACCAGGCUCAAACACAGGCCGGCAUCUCGGAGGGCGACGUGCCGCUCACGUGGAGGAUCAUGCGAGCUACCGUCCAUCUGCACAAGAACAACCUCGACCAAGCCAACAGCGUCAUCGCAGACGCGCUUCGUGCCGACUCGAGCAACCCAGAAGCUCUCCUGGUACGAGCACGCAUCCUGCUCGCCAAAGGUGACAUCGCCAAAGCAGUUGCCCACUGCCAAGCUGCACUGCGCUCUGACCCAGAACAGUCGGGCGCCAGGGACCUGCUCAAGAAGUGCCGUCGACUGGAAGCCAAGAAGGAGGAGGGAAACACGUCGUUCAAGCAAGGCGACAAUGCUGCCGCCGUCCAGCACUUUACUGAAGCACUGCAGAUCGCCGACGAGCGAUCCGACCGCGAUGGACCCGCACAAGGCUUCAAGGCGAUUCUCUACUCGAACCGUGCCACUGCCAACUCGAAGAACGGCGACCACGCGGCUGCCAUUGCCGACUGCGACGCUGCGCUCCAACUCGACUCUGGCUACGUCAAAGCGCUUCGCACACGCGCACGAGCCCUUCUCGCCUCGGAGCAGUACGAAGAUGCCGUGCGCGACUUCAAGAAGGCGCUCGAAGAGGCCUCCGUUAGUGGCGGCCGUGAAGCCGAGCAGCUGCAACGCGAGCUGCGCUCCGCGGAAAUCGACCUCAAACGAUCCAAGAAGAAGGACUACUACAAGAUCCUCAACGUGGCCAAAGACGCCUCGGACAGCGAGAUCAAGAAGGCGUACCGCAAAGAGUCGCUCAAGCACCACCCGGACAAGGGCGGCGAUGAGGAGAAGUUCAAGCUGUGCAGCGAGGCGUACAACGUGCUGAGCGACGAGAACAAGCGAAGGCGGUACGAUGCAGGUGCGGAUGAUUUGGAGUCGGAUGGGAUGGGCAUGGGUGGCUUCCCCGGUGGUAUGGGUGGGUUUGGCGGUCCAGGUGGCGUCGAGAUCAAUCUGGCUGAUCUGUUUGGUGCUGGUGGUGGGAUGGGAGGCAUGGGAGGUAUGGGCGGCAUGGGAGGCAUGGGAGGUAUGGGUGGAAUGGGUGGGUUCCCAGGUGGUGGUGGACAGAGGAGGGGAGGUCGUCCCCCGCCUGGCUUCCACUUUGGUUGA